AAUAAUGUACCAUGUAAAGGGAAGUAACUUUUAACAAAAAGGAAUUUGACAGAUCAAUCUGUCAAGCAUAUCCUCGUUUAAACAAAUAACGUUCUGUAAUGAUCCCCAAUAAUUGUUGGACAUGAAGGAGUUGUACUCCUGUAUUUUAAUAAGUAUUAUGCUUAUUAUAUGCACAGCAGAGCUUUCUAGUGAAGAAGCCUUAGCAUAUCCCUACAAAGAGGGUAAUGUGGAUCGGAGAAACGCAGAUGGAUGCGUGAAGUUUGCCUAUCAGAGGCAGUUGUACGCCCUAUAUCCUGCACAUACUGGAAACAUUCUACAAGAUCAUGAUUCCGCUGAAAUACCUUUGAAGUCUGAGAGCAGUACAACAAAUAGAAACCCAGAAAAAUCAAAACAUAUUUUACCAACUACCUCUUCUGCCAUUCUGAAGGAUGUUCUGUUUAGUUUAAAAUCAUCAUCAAAAAGUUCCUUGAACAAUAGCAGAAUAUCAAGCAGACUUGUGCACAAUAUAGAGUUCUUUCAUGGCAGUGAAAGCUUUGGGCGGUAUAAUGACAAAAGAUUUGUGUUCUAUCACUUAGCUUAUAUCAAUAAUCCUAGAAAUACUCUCUCGGUAUAUGAGCCGUUGAUAGAUGGAACAUGUCAAAAUGGCAGUUUUCAUCCUGCCACAGUCAUUGAAAGUGGACAGUCUAGAAAAUGUAAACUCGCUACAAAUGCAGGAUUGUUCAACACCAAAACUGGAGCUUGUUACGGUAACAUAGUGAGCAACGGUCGACUGGUGCAGGACACCGGAGGCAUUAGAAAUGCUCACUUUGGAAUCACAAAACAGAACCAGCUCUUCUUUGGAUACCUGUCUGAAAUUGAUCUAGUCGCGGAUGAUUUCCAGCAGUUGGUGGGUGGGGUAAUAUGGGUGCUGAGGGAUGGCGAGACGUAUGUUGACAAGAGCAUCCAAUCAGAAUGCAGGGAUACAGAGGAGACGGGGACAUUGUACACGUUCGCUUCUGUGAUAUCUGCACGAACUUUGGUUGCCCAUGAUAAAUACGGCAGAGUGAUGAUCCUGCAGGUGGAGGGAAAGACGUAUAAUAAUGCAGGUGUUUCCCUGUAUGAGGCUGCAGAGAUCCUGAAGAAGCACGGUGCCGUCAAUGCCAUCAACCUGGACGGGGGUGGCUCCUCCACCAUGGUCCUCAAUGACACCCUGCUCAGCUACCCCUCGGACCCUUGUCCAGACAAUGAGAACGUGCGCUGUGCAAGAAAUGUCACCACCAUUCUGUGUGUUCACGACCCUCCCUGCCCAUCACCAGACUGUCAAGGUCAUGGGUCAUGUGACCAGGGGGUGUGUCACUGCCACGGUGCUUGGACUGGACCCAGCUGUGAUAGGCUGGAAUGUCCCAGUGAUUGUAGAUAUCAUGGAACUUGCACUGAAGAUGGGUGUGUGUGCCAGGCAGGUUACCAUGGUGAUGACUGCUCAAUGCCAUGUGCUGAGGGUUGGCAUGGCAACCAGUGUUCACUCAGGUGUAUCUGUGAAAACAACGCAACUUGUGAUGGUGUGACGGGCACCUGUCUGUGUCAGCCAGGAUUCUCAGGAAAACUAUGUGAACAAAGGUGCAUGUGGGGUACAUACGGCGAGAACUGUUCUCAGUCGUGUAAGUGUGAUGAUGAGUGUCUGUGUGACCCGGUCACAGGCUACUGCAACUACACCUACCUGCACACAGAUCUAGUACAGGCUGGUCCCUGUUUACUGAAAAAAUUGGAGCAACGAAAAUGCUUGGAGGUUGAUAUGUCAAAGGAUUACAGGAAUACUGUUAUAGCCCUGACCCUGAUCUCUGUGAUAGCUUUCCUCAGCUGUCUGCUAAAUGUGGUGCUAAUUUGUAAGUGCUGUCAUCAAAAGAAAACGGCCCGCAAGAAAAAACGUGUGCGUGCUAAGCCCAUAUCAAAGGAACAGAUUGUGCUAUUACAGUCUCAACGAUGGUCAAGUUUUACAACUUCUUCAUCGUCCGAUGAUGAGACCUCUUUUAUGUUGAAAAAUUCAGGGCAAUCCUAGCGUAAAGAUGUCACUGGUUCAGAUGGCAUAUUCAUUAUAUAUGCAGUUGACUUAUUGUCUUCACAUUGCCAUAGGGUGUCUUUUGUUCAUUAAUGCUGAAGUUUUAUAUCUGUAUCUGUAUCUGUUACAUUAUUUACUCAAAUUACAAAGUAAAUAAUAUAUCAAUUUAAUUUAUUUGUUUGGUCUACAAGUAUUUAAAAACUAAAUUAUGUCUUUAUUCUUUGAGCACAACUACUUUUAAAUGGUAAACAUAUUUGUAUUCAACCUAUGGAAUAAAAAGAUUGUUUAUCUUUUUUAUUGCAUACAUUGAAUAAUUUUCAGUCAUUAUUUAUUUCAUUUGUUUGUUUGUUUUUUAAAGUAAGACAAAAGAAAAAGAAAUCAGUUGAGGAGUGUCUUUAUUUAUUGAUUUUAUUGCGUUUCCUUUAUUUUAUUUUUGAUAUUAUUUUUUUCUUGGUGUUAAGGGUUUUCCAUUUUGUAUGUGAAACAUUAAGUAUGUCACACAAAUAUUUAUUUAAAAAAACAUUGAAGGUUUGUGUUUCUGAAACCAUUUGUUUCUAUUUGUAAGGCAUAUAUUAAAAAAUUUAUGGGUAUUUUGUUCAAAUUAUGGAUGCCCGAGAUUGUAAAUUUUAAGUAUACAUUAUUGUUUUGAAAGUAAUUAUGUUUUGUUUAGCCGACAAUGCCAAAAGAGUAAAUGCUGAGUUUACAAUAUUAUAAUUGUAAUUGGUAAAGUCGUGUCUGUAUGUAACAAAAACAUUUAAUUGUAUCAAUAUGCCUGUUGUCAACGUUCUCUAUCAUUUUAAGCUCACCUGAGAACAAAGGGCUCCAUGUGAACUAUUGUUUUCAAUUAUAUGUUCAUGUACUAAACCUUUUGUGUGCAGUGUCUAAUUUGAACUUGUAACGCUAAAGAGGCCAUAUUUAUCAUCCAAUGUUGAUGGAACUUGGUCAGAAUAAUUAUUUGAACAAUAUUUAGAUCGUUUUUGAUUGUGGGUAAUGUGCAUCCGAAAACUAGGUCACCAGGUCAAAUCUGAGAAAAACUAGGUUUUCACUCUAGAAGCCCCAUUUUGACAUCAUCUUGAUGAAACUUGGUAAGAAUCUUAAUCUUGACAAUAGGAAGGCUAAGUUGUAUUCUUGAUUAUUAUAUGGAAUUAUUAUGAGGAAACAUGUUAGAAUGUUUUUCUUGACAAUAUUAAUUCCUUCUUUAAUCUUGGGAAUGGUGUGGUAACAAACAAGGUAAUCAGUGAAGUGCUUCAACAUUCGGUGUACCUUGAACUCAGGAGAACUCUUCAGUGCCAUCAUUGUCCAUUUGUUUAGGAAAGAAAAUGACGAUUUUCUUUUAAAUGUAUUUAAAAAAUGUUGGUGCAAUAUGUUCAUAUUUCUUGUUUAACUUUUUGAAGAUACAUGUUAUAUGGUCUUUGUAUAUAUGUAUAAAUAUUUUAAUUAGUUACUGUUUGUUGAAUUAACAUAUUUAAAAUUAAAUAAAAAAAUAAAGAUGA